AUGAGACAGCCCGUGGAAUGUCGAUUGACCAAAGAGGGACUGGAUUAUGCGGGAUUCAAGAACGUUGACUCACACGGUCGGAAGUGCCUACCCUGGUUGAGUCGGGCACACGACAAGCGAUUUGCAUUCAUGGACUUGAUGACAUUCCCUGAUGAAAUCGUGGAUAGCAGUCACGAUUACUGUCGGAAUCCUGACGCUGACAGCGGCGGUCCAUGGUGCUUCACAGAGGAGGGAACUGGCGAGAGCUGGGGAAGGUGCAUGGUUCCAUUCUGCUCUCAAUUGUACGAGCGAUUCGCCGUCGAGGGUAAACCGGCGGAAGGAUAUCCGGAAUGCUUGCAGACGGCAAUGGGGAAGGAAUACAUUGGCACGACGAGGAAAACGAAGACCGGAAAGCCCUGUCUCCGAUGGGAUUCCCAGCCCUAUGGAAAGCCUGAUGACUUUGACCCAAAUAUACCUUAUGAGGCUCAUUUCCGAUUCGGCAAUUCCUCGUUGCAUCAUGAUUUCUGCAGAAACCCGACGUUCAGGCACCAACCUUGGUGCUUCGUUGAAGAUGCAGGCAUCGAAUGGGAAUUCUGCCAGAUCCGCUUCUGCCCCGACUACCCCAACAAGGAGGAAUGCAGAUGGACGAAGGAGGGAGAGGAGUACGCAGGGACUCGAAAUAAAUCACAGGAGUUGUUUUGUGCGCAAUGGCCUGAAUCCGCGUUGCUGGAGAGGCUUUGGCGCAGAUUCCCAGAGGACGUGAGGAGCGAGAAUCACAACUUCUGUCGCAAUCCGGAUGGGCGUGAGACCGGGCCCUACUGCUUUAACGGGGAAGAUUAUAGCGGUGAAGUUGAAACCUGUGACAUCCCUUUCUGCCCUUUCCACUACCUCUACUAAUGUUCCUA